AUGUUAUUGGUAUUUACCGCUUACGUGCUUUUGUUUGUCAAAUCUGUUUCUGGUAACGAUGGUGGCUGGAACACCGAGGAAAAGGAUGUUGUUGGCAGAGACGGACCAUGCAAUAUCGAGAGGCACGAUGCUAAUCAUCUGACGGAAAAGGAGUUUCUGAAAAGGUAUUAUACUUUUUCAAAUUAGUA